AUGAUACAGCAGAAGUUUCAAGAAAUAAUAGGUGUUCAACUCCUAUCGAGCACCUUCGUGGUGUGUUUUAUCCUGUACGAACUGUCGAACGCGCCAGUGAACUCCAAAUAUUUGCAAUUCGUCUUAUAUCUGACCUGCAUGAUGACACAGGUCUUCUUCUACUGUUGGUAUGGGAAUCAGCUCAAAUUAAAGAGUGUCGAGGUUGCGAAUGCAAUCUUUGAGGCGGAUUGGAUAUCGUUUGAUAAUAGCAGCAAGAAGAGUUUGAUAAACGUAAUGAGAAGAGCCACGAAACCGAUCGAAUUGACCUGUGCCUACGUAUUUACGAUGGACUUGAAAACUUUCGUGGACAUACUGAAAAUGUCGUACUCGACGUACAAUUUGCUCAUGUACAGUAUAUUGUCCAAUCGUAAGAAUAUCAUCGUCAUAACGGAUAUGCUAGAGAGCACACCUUUUCAACCAGAGACGAAGGAGGAGAUCGAGAUUCGAGAAAAGUGUGAAAAACAAGCCAGAUCGAACGCGUUUUAUUACGCACUUCUAGUUGAAUCGUCAGUGGUGGUAAUGUCGGUGUUAACAUUGCUCGGUGCAUUGUACAAAGGCGAACAUCACAAGCUAGCGUUUCGAAUGUGGUUACCUUGGAACCAUACUUCGACGGCCACCUAUAGCUUCAUCUACAGUCAACAAAUUUUAAUUCACGCCUUCAAUGGUCUGCUGCACGUUGCCUGCGAUAGCCUCAUAUGGACGUUGUUGAUGUUCAUCUGCAAUCAGAUCGAAAUCUUCGGAUAUCGUUUGAGGAAGAUCGAACAAGGCACGAAUGAUUGCAAACUGUGCAUUCGUUAUCAUAAUCUCAUCUAUCGAUUCGCCAGCAUGAUAAACGAAGAGUUUAAACUGAUGAUUUUCGUUCAGUUCGCAGUGAGCACGCUGACGAUAUGCAUGAAUCUUUACAUCUUAACGGGAACGAAUGUCUCGCUCGAGAUGAUUGUCAAAAUAAUUAUGUUCAGCAGCUGUAUGUUAACACAGAUAUACAUUUUAUGUUGGUACGGGAAUGAAGUUGAGCUGAAGAGCCUCGAAAUCUCCAAUAUGAUUUUUGAAAUCGACUGGCUAGCGCUCAAGGAAACCACUAAACGGGACUUGUUAAUGAUCAUGAUGCGCGCGAGAUCGCCCAUACAAAUGACUAGCGUUUACGUGGUGACGAUGAAUCUCAAGUCGUUCGUGAUCUUGUUGAAAACUUCUUAUUCGGCGUACAAUCUGCUGCAAGGUAUGUAGCAGAAGUUAGCGAGCCAAGCAGCAGCUUCUCGCGAGACGAACAAAGGCACGACCCUUUCAUGGACACGGGCAAUGGAGGAAUGUAGAGUAUGUGAAAGGAAUAAACGAAACAAUAAAUAAUAUACAGAAGCGUUACGUUACGUUUAUAACGGAACUCAUUCCUCUUUUACCAUUAAUUUCUCUUCUCCUCUCUCGAAGAAGC